UUGACAUCGUUCUUUUCAAUGCAGCUAGCAUUUAGUUUCAUUCAUCCACAGCCUCACUUAGCUUUCCAUCUCUUUCAGUGAUCACUAUUCCGAAAUGAGUACUUUUGAGGAACCGGAGAAGAAAGUGGUAUCAGUUGGACCAUGGGGAGGCCAAACUGGGCUCAUGUGGGAUGACGGAGUUUACUCAACGGUAAGGCAAUUAGUGAUAGCUCAUGGCUCUGGGAUUGACUCCAUCCAGAUUGAGUAUGAUAGCAAAGGGUGCUCAUUUUGGUCAGACAAGCAUGGUGGAAAUGGAGGCUGGAAAACAGACAAGGUGAAGCUUGAUUAUCCAGAGGAAUUUUUGACUUCAAUUCAUGGGUAUUAUGGCAAGAUAAGUGAAUGGGGGACAGUAUCAGUCCGAUCGCUUACUUUCAAGAGCAACAAAAGAUCUUAUGGACCUUUUGGAAUUGAACAAGGAAACUAUUUUUCACUUCCAGUGACAACUGGUAACAAAAUUGUUGGGUUUCAUGGGAGGUCUGGCUGGUAUCUUGAUGCAAUAGGAGCUUACCUCAAGCCGAUUCAGAAUGAUCAAAACCACUACAGCGUAGUUAUGGCUCACACACAGUACAGUUAUAUGACUGGUGGCGCUGACAUCCCUGCUGGCUACUCACUACUCCAAAACUGUGAUGUGUUUCUCGCUAUAAGACCCAAGGAUGAUCCCAUUACUACAAACCCUGCAGCUUCAGUGCCCAACAAGCUCUUUAGGCAGUUUUCUAAUUCUGGAGACUCAAGUAGUGAUGGAAUCAUACGCAAGACUCCAAGUAUUGAGAGACUUCCUUCAAAAGUUGAAGGUGUGGUAACAUAUGGUCCUUGGGGAGGAAGUGGUGGUUCUGUGUUUGAUGAUGGAGUUUAUUCAGGUAUUCGACAAAUCAAGUUGUCCAGGAACAUCGGAGUUGUAUAUAUAAAGGUUCAGUAUGAUUCCGAUGGUGAAGCUGUAUGGGGAGCCAAACAUGGAGGAGCUGGAGGAUAUAAAAGUGACAGGAUAAUCUUUGAUUAUCCGAACGAAAUAUUGACUCACAUCACAGGAACAUAUGGUCCUGCAAUGGGGAUGGGGCCUAAUGUGAUCAAGUCAAUGAGCUUCCAGACGACGAAGAAGAAGCAUGGGCCAUAUGGAGAAGAACAAGGAACCCAAUUCAGCACUAAGCUCAGAGAAGGAAAAAUUGUUGGAAUUCAUGGGAGGACAGGUUUGUUCUUAGAUGCUAUUGGAGUACAUGCCAUAGAAGGAAAGGUCAAGGUAGAGACUAAGACUAGUAUUGAGACAUCACCGCCUUUGGCCCUCACAAAUUCUCCUCAUAAAGCCAUCACCGCUAUGGUCCCAUUGGAACCUGCAGGUGCUAUAGUCCCAAAGGAGUCUGCUGGUGCUAUAGUCCCAAAGGAACCUGCAGGGGCCAUAACUGAGAUAGAUCAUCCUCACUGGUCUAGCAAACUAUUACGCACAAACAAAGGACCAGUUGAAGAGAUUGCUUGUGGGGUGGUAAAAGAACCGGCCCCAUGUGGGCCGGGGCCUUGGGGCGGAGAUGGAGGAAGAGCAUGGGAUGAUGGAGUGUUCACCGGGAUUAGGCAGAUACAUUUGACAAGAUCAGCAGAAGGAAUCUGCUCAAUGCAGAUUGAGUAUGAUCGAAGUGGUCAGUUCAUUUGGUCUGUUAAGCAUGGAGGCAAUGGAGGAACUGCUCCACAUCGAAUAAAAUUGGACUAUCCACAUGAAGUGCUGUCUUGUAUAUCCGGCUACUAUGGUUGCAUUAGUAAAAAUGAGCGACCUCAGAUAAUAAAGUCACUGACUUUCUAUACCAGUAGAGGCAAGUAUGGUCCAUUUGGAGAAGAAGUUGGAACCUUCUUCACUUCGACCACCACCGAAGGCAAGGUGGUUGGCUUCCAUGGCAGGAGCAGCUUGUAUUUGGAUGCCAUCGGAGUUCAUAUGCAACAUUGGCUAGGAAGCACUCAGAAAACCUCCAGGAUUUCUCUCUUCAAGAAAUUCUAGUCAUGUCAGCAAUUCAACAUGUGUAAUAAAGUCUUCACAAAGCACUCGAGUCAUCCUAACAUUAAUUUGCUUUGGAUCUUAUGAAGUUGUACCACUUUUAUAGUUCGUUUCCAGAAUAAUACCAUUGCAUCUGGUAACA